AUGGCCAGAUUUAUCAUUUUUCAAAUGAUAUUUCUGUUUAAUGGGAUCUCAUCUCAGUCUGUACUUUAUAAAUUGGUAAAAGAAAGUGAUGAGUUUUAUGCUUUAGAAAACUCUUCAGUUGGUUCUAAAAUCCAAUGUGCAGCUAAAUGUAGCGACAAAGACGAAUGCAGCGGUUUCGCUUAUCAUCCGAAUGAUGCUGAUUGCAUCCUGUUGUCUUUACAAAAUACGGAUAAAUGUCCAGACUGCCUCUCUAAAGAUGGAUUAAAAUAUUAUAGACUUCAAGAAGAACCAACGACUACAACGACUUCAAAGCCGACUACGACGACGACAACAGUUCAACCAACAACAACUACUACAGAUGCAACUACGAGUACUACAGCACUUCCAACUACAACUACUUCCAAAGCAACAACCACUACAACAGAGAUUCCGACAACUACUACCACAGAAGCACCAACAACUACUACAACGACACAGGCGCCCACAACUACUACUACAACAGAAGUGCCUACGACUACUACUACUACAACACAGGUACCCACAACCACGACAACAACACAAGCUCCGACGACUACUACAACAACACAGGCUCCCACGACAACAACCACACAAGCUCCGACGACUACCCCUACGACACAAGCUCCAACAACUACUACAACGACACAGGCGCCCACGACUACAACCACACAAGCUCCGACGACUACAACAACGACACAAGCGCCAACAACUACUACAACGACACAGGCGCCCACGACCACUACUACAACAGAAGCGCCCACGACCACUACCAACAACUACUACAACGACACAGGCGCCCACGACUACAACCACACAAGCUCCGACGACUACAACAACGACACAAGCGCCAACAACUACUACAACGACACAGGCGCCCACGACCACUACUACAACAGAAGCGCCCACGACCACUACUACAACAGAAGCGCCCACGACCACUACAACAACACAGGCGCCCACGACCACUACAACGACACAGGCGCCCACGACUACUACAACGACACAAGCUCCGACGACUACAACAACGACACAAGCUCCGACGACUACAACAACGACACAAGCUCCNUCAAGUUGACAGGAUGGGAAAACCAGGAAAAUAAUAAAUUUAUAAACAGGAAGAAUAUUGCUUGUAGAUUAGAAAUUUAA